AGCAGCAGCGCCGGCGCCGCCGAACCCCGAUGCCUCCCCUGCAGCGGCUCGCCAGGGAAGAUGGCGCCGUCCCACGUCCUCAAGUGCUGCCAGAGGGUGCUGGCCUGGGUGCCCGUGGUCUUCAUCGCCCUGGUGGUGGCCUGGUCCUACUACGCCUACGUGGUGGAGCUGUGUGCGUUUACGAUUACCUCAACUGGAGAAAAAGUUGUCUACCUUGUGGUUUUUCAUCUGUCAUUUGUCAUGUUUGUAUGGUCCUAUUGGAAGACGAUUUUUACAACUCCUGCUUCCCCCUCCGAUGAGUUCUGCUUAUCAAAAUCUGAUAAAGAACAAUAUGAAAGAGAAGAGAGACCAGAAUCCCAGCAGGACAUUUUGAGAAGAGCUGCUAAAGACUUACCUAUCUAUACCACAACAGCAUCAAGGGCAAUCAGAUAUUGUGAUAGAUGCCAACUAAUCAAGCCUGACCGCUGUCACCACUGUUCUGCAUGUGACCUGUGUGUACUAAAAAUGGACCAUCAUUGUCCUUGGGUGAAUAACUGUGUGGGAUUUUCUAACUACAAAUUCUUCCUCCUGUUUUUAUUAUACUCCUUAUUGUACUGUCUGUUUGUUGCCGCUACGGUCUUGCAGUACUUCAUAAAGUUUUGGACAAAUGAUCUGCCAGACUCACAUGCAAAAUUCCAUGUACUUUUCCUUUUCUUUGUGGCUGCCAUGUUCUUCAUCAGCAUACUGUCACUUUUCAGCUACCACUGCUGGCUAGUCAGCAAAAACAGAUCAACAAUAGAAGCAUUCCGGGCACCCACAUUUCGAAAUGGCCCUGACAAAAAUGGCUUCUCUCUCGGAUGCAGCAAAAAUCUGAAAGAGGUUUUUGGAGAUGAAAAGAAGUAUUGGUUGCUGCCUGUUUUUACAAGCUUGGGUGAUGGUUGUAAUUUUCCAACUCGCCUGGUGAUUAUGGAUCCAGAGCAACUUACUGUCUCAAGCCAAAAUGAACCCGCCAAAAGUUCUGGAGCCAAUCAGCCCUUUCCUGUCAGGCCACUCAGUGAGUCACAAAAUCGAUUGUUGGACAAUGAAAGUCAGUGGGUGGAAGGUGGCUCAGAAGAAGAAAAUGUUAAAUCAGGUAGAAUUUAUAAAGUAAAGGGUCACAUCUCAGCUGGUAUCAGACUUUAUAGUUGA